AUGGGCGACCCAUACUCCACCUCCACCUCCUCCCCACCCCCACCAGCGCAGCAGCAGCAGCAGCAGCAGUAUGACUAUGACUAUGACUAUAACUAUAACUACAACUACAACGCCCCGCCGCCUACCUCCUCUUCCUCCUCCGCUUACCACGACCAGUACCCCCAGCACUACGGCCACACCUCGCAAUACGAUGUAUCCCAGAUCCCCCGCUCCCAUCCCGACGACGCUGGCGGAGCUUUAGUCCCAGCCCCAGCCCCAGAUCCGCAGCAGUACCCUGACUACGACCACGACCGUCUAGGCCCGCAAUAUGAGCCUCCGCCGCCGCCUCUGCCCCAGUCCCACGGGUACGGGAUCGGACGGCAGGGGAGUAAUGCGGAGUAUUAG